AUGGGGCUUAGUUGCAAAUAUUUGGGCCGAUUAUUUGGAUCUAGUGGAAGGAGGGUCACUCAGGUGGUCCGGGACUUCUUGUAUGCUCAGAAAGUCCAGCCUCCUGUGGAACUCUUCGUGGACUGGUUGGCUGUGGGCCAUGUGGAUGAGUUCUUAAGCUUUGUCCCUGCCCCAGAUGACAAGGGUUUCCGCUUGCUUCUGGCCAGCCCUGGAGCCUGUUUCAAACUUUUCCAGGAGAAACAGAAAUGGGGCCAUGGAAGGGCUCUCCUGUUUGAAGGCAUUGUUGGAAGCCAGUCGGUGAAGACCAUGUCCAUUAAUCAGAUCCUCUCCAAUGAAAGUCUUAUCAGUUACAACAAGUUUGUCCAGAGCUGCAUCGACUGGAACCGCGAGGUCCUGAAGCGAGAGCUGGGGCUGGCUGAUCGAGACAUCAUCGACAUCCCUCAGCUCUUCAAAACAGAGAAGAGAAAAGCGGUGGCCUUUUUCCCUGACUUGGUGAACAUGCUUGUGUUGGGGAAGCACCUGGGGAUUCCUAAACCCUUUGGGCCCAUCAUCAACGGCCGUUGUUGCCUGGAGGAGAAGGUUCGAUCUUUGUUGGAACCAUUGGGCCUUGAGUGCAACUUCAUCGAUGACUUCACCCCCUACCACAUGCUGCAUGGGGAGGUGCAUUGUGGCACCAAUGUCCGUCGGAAGCCCUUCUCUUUCAAAUGGUGGAACAUGAUCCCCUGAGCUGGCUCCCUUCCCACCGUUCUCAUCCCUGCCUGGGAAUUCCAGUAGGAGACAGAUGGAGGAUUCACCUGCCUGAUGGAGGUUGACCAAAGCAAGCAAACCUAGGAAGCUUUGAGAGAAACUGAGUCUCACUGAGAACACCAAGCCUUUUCCCUAUAGUCGCAUCCCCCCACUCCAUAUUAGCUUGCUACCUGGGAGCUGAAAAGCUCAAAGACCAAGUCCUCCCUCUCCACAGAACAACAGGACUUCAUCUCAUGCUGCCUCCAUGUUUCUCAGGUUUGAGGCUCCCCCAAAUUGUUUGCCCACCAUUUCUUCCUUUUGCAAACUCUUCUCCAGAAAAAUCCCCGCUUCUAGAGUUGUAUCCUUGUGAUGUCAUCUCCUUCCUUCAGUUCAGCCCCAGCUCCCAGCAGACUCAUCCCACCAGGAAAAAGGAAAAACUCCCGAGCCAAGAGUAGUUGAGUCCAGUUGCUUCCAACCCAGCAGAGCCAUAGAGUUAUAAAGCAAGUUCACUCUUACGUGAGAAGGCUUAGAAAACCAAGCAGAAGCCAUAAACAGGUUACCAGCAGCCCUGUUAGAUGAGAGGGAUUCCUGAGAUUGUCUCUGGGUCCUGAGAAAAUCCAAUGUCCCAGGAUCCUCUGCUAGGCUCUAAACACCUAAAAGGCAGAGGCUGUGUCUUAUCUUUUCAUUUCCUCUAUCUUUGCCUCUCUCCCCAAGUUGAGUAUAGGGUCUUGCACACAGUAGGUGCUAAAUAAAUGUGGUUUUUUGCAAGUGUGAUUACAAAGGAAGGCUUCUGGCAGACUGAGAAGAUUCCCCCUGUUAUCCAGCAUUCAGGAAUUUAACUUUUGGGAAUUUAGAGUUACUAAGAAUUCUGAGAUUGAGACUAGGGGAUGUCAACCAGCAUUUAGUAAAUGCUUAAUACAGGCCAGGUAUAGCACUGAGUACUGGGAGAUACAGAUAUAAGCCAAAAGAAAGACAGUGCCUGCCCUCAAGGAGCUUACAUGAUGAUGAGCAAGGAGAGCAGAUAAAAUGGAAAUGCUUGGGCUGGGAAGGUUGGAAGAGGAAAGAAAUUUAGAGAGUGGAGAACAGAGACCAAGGGCAGUUAGGUGCCUCGGUGGAUUGAGAGAUGGAAUGUCCUGGGUUCAAAUGUAACCUUAAACACUUCCUAGCUAUAUGACCCUGGGCAAGUCACUUAACCCCUGUUGCCUAGCCCUUACUGCUCUUCUGCCUUGGAACCAAUGCACAGCACUGAUUCUAGGAUAGAAAGUUAAGGGUUAAAAAAAAUCAGAAACAGAAAGGAAUGAAAGCAUGACUGGCCUAGAUACUUCCUUAAGAUUGAGGAUCUAGAAGGAAUAGACCAAUCACCUUCUAGGGUGAGGGAAGUCACAGAAUUAUAGAGUCUCCAGAUUGGAAAGGACUUUGGAGACAUGUAGUUGAGGUCAUGCAGGAACAAGCUUUGUCUACAAUGAGCCCAACAAAUGGUUAUCCAGCCUUUCUGUGAAGAUCCCCAGCGACGGGGAGCUCACUUCUUCCCCAGGCAGCCCAAGUCACUAUGGGGUAGCUCCAACCAUUAGGAAAUUUCUCUUGCCAUCAGUCUUCAAUCUGCCACCACCCACUCUUUAUUUAGCCCCCUGAGAUCAAAGAGAAAAAUUCUCAUCCCUCAUCUACCUGAUAAGCUUUCAAGUAUUUGCAUUAUGGCUAGUAUGUUAUUAAUGCCAUACUAUUAUCAUAAUGAUACAUUAAUAUAAUUAUCAUAAAAUAUAUUACUGUAUUAAUAAUGAAGAAAUAGCAUGAUCUAGUGGAUAGCUAGCUGGCCUCAGGCUCAGGAAGACCUGUGUUCAAGUCCUGAUUCGGACACAUAUUAAGUAUACAGCCAGGGACAAAUCGUUUAGUCUUUCAGCACAUUAAAUAACACUUUCCCACUCUAAGGUAGAGAAAAGAUGGCCAUGUGCAUUCUAAAUGCUAUCCCCUUGCCAAAAAAAAGGAUAAAUCUCAUUUCUAUGAUGCUGUGGAGUUUGGACUGGAAUAUUUCUCUAAUGUUCCAGAUAAGGAAACAUGGGUUCAAGAGGAAUCAAAUAACGUCUCCAAGGUCACAAGGCUAGCAAAUGAGAUCCAAACUCUGUUUUCCUCCCUCCAACGACCAUUCUCUUUCUAUACGUCAGGGUCAUGAUGCCCAAGGAGAAGAGGUCAGCAGCUGUAUUCAGCUACCUGAGAUGCAGUCUAUUGGGUCAAGGAUGGGGCAUAGAGGAAUCCUACCAGAGUCCUGGAGUCGUUUUUAUGCAGCAAGCCUUCAUUUUCUCCCUCUUUUACUAGAUAAUGGGGGGUUUCUAGGCAGCCAGUCAAAGAUGGCAGCUGGAGUUGUACAGAGCAGUGAGGAGUGGCUGCUGACUGGGAGUCCCCACCCAGAGAGCAGAGCCCCAGGAAUAGCUUCCCUCUUCUCCAUGCAUGGGUGUGUUGUUGCCUGUGGUUUGGGCUGGGUUGCUGACACUGAACAAUAAAUCAGA